GGCCAUUUUGAGGAAACAAAAGAUGGAAAUUCACAAACAAAACAAAGAAUUCAUGUCUGAUACUGUAAAACCCCAUGAAUGUACAGUAUGUGGUGAAGGGUUUAGUUUGAGUAAGAUUUUAAAGGAGCACAUGAAAAUUCAUACUAGUGAUAAAUCCUAUGAAUGUACUGUAUGCAGUAAAAGAUUCAGUAGAAGUAAUCACUUGAAGAAGCACAUGACAAUACAUACCGGUGAAAAGCCCUAUGAAUGUGAGGUAUGUGGUAAAGGGUUCAGUGGGAGCAAUCAGUUGAAGGAGCACUUGAGAACACAUACUGGCGAAAAACCCCAUGGAUGUACAGUAUGUGGUAAAAAGUUUAGUUUGAGUAGUAACUUGAACGUGCAUACGAGAACACAUACUGGUGAUAAACCCCAUAAAUGUACAGUAUGCGGUAGAGGGUUUGGUUUGAGUAAAAUUUUGAAGGAGCACAUGAAAAUUCAUACCGGUGAAAAACCCCAUAAAUGUACAGUAUGUGGUAAAGGGUUCAGUAGGAGUAAUCAGUUAAAGGAGCACAUGAGAACACAUACUGGUGACAAUCUUAAUGAAUGUACAGAAUGCGGUAAUUGGUUCAGUUGGGAAACUCGCUGCACAGUAUGCAUUAAGGGAUUAAGUACGAUUCCAAACUUAUAUAAACAUGAGUAUAUACACACUGAAUAUAAACCUUAUAAAUGUGGAGAAUGUGAUAAAGAGUUUAGUAAGGAACAGAGCUUGAUACAACACAUGAAUACACACACUCUUAAUAAUGUGGUUAACAAUUGAUUCAAAGGUUUCGCCUAGAGACAUAUAAUAACAAAUACUGGAGAUAAACCACACAAGCUUAACAAAUAUAAUCAACGUUACAAUUUGUUCAAAGGAUUGCUUUACAGAGAGUCGGAGACACAUGAGAAGACAAUCACAUACUGGAGAUAAACCUUAUAAACGGAUGUGUUUGGAAUUUUUUUAGUCAAAGAGUCAUAGCAGAAAUGCACAUGUAAGGACUGGACAGUCCCACACAGUGUAUGGAUUAACCUUUUAAUCCUUAUUAAUGUUAUUUAGAUUAUGUCAGAGUCAUAGCAGAGAGACAUGUACUCUAGUUACAAAUCUCUUAAAUAAUAAUAUGAUAUAUGAGUUAUAGGCUUUGUAAGUUUUAAUUUACAGCCUGCCCUCAUACGAGAGGUACCAUAUUAUGUGACAGUGGGAAUGUGUCAAAAGGCUUGGCCAGAGACUGACUUUUUUUAUGCCCCACCAUAAUGUUUUCAGGUCUGUGUGUCCGUCUGUUUGUGCGUCCGUUUGUCCGCUCGUCUUGCUUCAGGUUAAAGUUUUUGGUCAAGCUGAAGUCCAAUCAACUUAAAACUUAGUACACCGUACACAUGUUCCUUAUGGUAUGAUCUUUCUAAUUUUAGAGCAAAAUUAGACGUUUGAGCCCAUUUCACAGUCCACUGAACAUAGAAAAUGAAAGUGCGAGUUUUAGGUUAAAGUUUUUGGUCAAGGUAGUUUUUGAUGAAGUUGAAGUCCAAUCACUUUAAAACUUAGUACAUCGUACACAGUUCCGUCUGGUAUAAUCUUUCUAACUGCAAUGCCAAAUUGGAAUUUUUACCAAAUUUUACGGUCCAUUGAACAUGGAAAAUGAUGGUACAAGUGGGGCAUUCGUUUACUUUGUACACAUUCUUAUUUUUAUAUAUAUAUGUUAUUUUUAUUAUUUUUCAGUAGAUAAAUCAUUGUCAUAAUGAACCAAUUUCAAAAGUCAACAAUUGUUUUAUUAAAAUAUCACCAAUUUUCUAGAAAAAAAUCUAGUUUCCUUAAAAUAUUAAUUGGUCUUUGUUUUUAUUCUAAUAUAUUAUCUCCUAUGAUACAUGUAGUUGCUAAAUUGUAAUAGUCAUGGUUGAAAUAUAUGGAAAAAAAUCUCAAACAAAUUAAAUCGAAGUGAAAAUAAAGAAAAUUAAAGACAUUAAAAACCUUCAUUAUUGAUGUUUGAAUUUGGAUUCCUAUGGAAACUUUUAUUUAGAGAUCUAUAUAUAAAUGUUACAUGUUUUAAAUCUGAUAAUAACCAACCUUCAGUGCUUUCUGACAGUUUUUGUAGACAUGGUAGAGGUAAUGUUUUAUCAACAUGAUCAAAGAAGAUUCCAAUCACGCAGAAGCCCAUUCAAACAUUACCACAAAAGGAGAGAGGUUGCACUAACUGUUGACAGAGGGGCCUGCUUCAGUAAUGCUUCAGUUUUUCAGUUUACAUUUUGAUCAACUAAAUGAUUCCCAGUGGAGGGGAGGGGGCUAGAGUAAAGACGUUGUGUAGGUAUGGUGUCCGUGAUAUAUGACUUCAUACUUACAUUAUAUUAACAUGCUUGCAUCUUGGUUUCGCGUAAUAUUUUCCACUGAGCAUAAACCAUAUAUAUGAUUAAGACAGUCAUGAUAUUUCUUCCAAUAUCAAAGCUAAAAUUAGCCUUUGAGUGUUAGAGUUAAAAUAGAAAUGGCUAUAUGGUUAUUUUGAGAUAUUUAUUAAUAACCAUUUUGGUAAGAAGACAUGGUAUACUGUUGGCAUCAAUUAAUAUUUUAUUUCUUUGGUUGAUAAUGUAAUGAAUGUUGAUAAAUCAUUUUAUCAAUCUAAUCAAAAGUCAAUAACUGUAUAACAUGAAUUAUCAUUAAAUGUAUGUAAUGUAUAUUAAUGUCAUGUGUACCUAAAUUGCAGUUUUGACAGUUUUUUUCACCUACGUUUUUUUUAUAAUAAGAAAAAAUAUCCAUUUUGUGUUUAUUUUGUAGCCGUAUCCUUUUUAAUUAUAUAGGUACAUCAAUUUGAUUUAAUCCCUAUUGAGUCAUUGAAAAAGGGUUUAAUCGACCUCCAAAGUGUCAUGAUUCCGUAAUGAGGAGUACCAAAAUUGCACCCACAUGACCCAUGCUUGAAUUCACAUCAUUAAAAAAU